GCGGUCCUGGUUCGCGGAAGCAAAGGCGGAAGUUGCGCGUGUUUGUGCAAUAUGGCCGCAGCGCUCGGCAUUCGCCGACGCGCCCGCCGUCGCGGCCCAUGCGCGCCACGCGGCCCGCCGCCCUCGUCCUCGGCGCACGCGCGCAACGUGGCACUCCACGCGGCGGGGUCGAUCGUUAAGCGGGGAAGGACGCGGGGCAGAGCGCUUGUCCCGAACGCUCUUGGUCGUCGGCGUUGGUCCUGCCCCCUCCUUCUCAACAACUCGAUCUCGAUCUCGCACCCAUCAAUGACUCUACCGACGCGCUCUACCAUGCUACGCGACGUCCACAAGCAGGGGCAACGGUUGAGAGCGCCACUGCAGGCGGGGGCGAAGAUGGCGGGCGAGCUGGCCGUCGCGCAGGUGCGCCACUGUUUGUGUUUGUUUAUCGUGUUUGUUUAGUGUACUUCUGCACAGCUCUUGCGGAAAGUCGAUACAGCCACCGCACAGUAGUAUAUAUACGGGCGCCCCAGUCUCCCAAUCCCCAUCUUCUUCCCCUCCUUCCCUUCCCUUCCCUCCCAGGUGAGUGCUUGCAUCCGGCGCUUGACUUGAUUUGUACUGACAUACUU